CACGCUGAAAGUUGAUUUCACCUUCCACUCCAACGAACCAACGCCUCUCAGAAUCAGUUCCAAGUUUAUCUUCAAAAAUAUAAAUCUCUCUCGGCGAACAUUACGUGUGUUUAAAGAACUGACGGUGGUUACCUAGGGCUGCGAUCACUCACGACGAAGAUCCGUCGACGUCGCCAUGUACGUUACCAGGAGAAUCUCCGACGUUGAUCGCCGUCUUCUCCUCGUCCUCGCAAUCCCUUGUCUCUCCCUCCUCCUCUUACUCUCUCUAUCCACACUCAAUCUUGAUCCUCCUCCCACUCUCGCGCCUCUCCGUAACCUAAUCUACACUCAUACCCUAACCGCCACCGCCGAAAACACCGGUUCCGACCCUCGCGACGUAACUCCGGCGGAGGAGAUUGAAAACUCACGGUGUGGGAAGAGGGAGGAGUUGGUGAAGUCGAAGAUGGCGGUGUGUUUGGUUGGAGGAGCGAGGCGGUUCGAGUUAACCGGACCGUCGAUCAUUGAGAAGAUCCUUAGGGUUUAUCCUAAUGCUGAUUUGUUUCUCAAUAGUCCUCUUGAUCAUAACUCUUUCAAGCUACGGUUGCUCAAAGACUCGCCGAGGCUCGCGUGGGUUCGUAUCUUCGAGCCUACGCCGAUCAACGAGACUGAGUCUAUGGUUCGAGUUCUCACACCCAUGAAUUCGCCUAAUGGCAUUAAGGGCUUAUUACAAUACUUCAAUCUCGUAGAAGGAUGCCUCACGAUGAUAAAGGCAUACCAAAACAAGAACAAUUUCACAUACGACUGGAUAGUCCGGACCCGAGUCGACGGUUACUGGUCUGACACACUCGACCCUGACUACUUCAUACCGGGUCAGUACCUAGUCCCACCUGGAUCCUCCUACGGUGGCCUCAACGACCGCUUUGGCGUCGGCGAUCUCAACACCUCAACGGUGGCUCUCUCUCGCCUCUCACUCAUCCCCGACCUCGACUCGGCCGGUUUAACUAGCCUCAACUCCGAGUCCGCCUUCAAGGCCCAGCUCUCAACUCACCGUGUCCCUUACGUAACCAAACCUCUCCCUUUCUGCAUCAUGACCGACCGAACCUACGAGUUCCCUCCGUCUAGCUACGGAGUUCCCGUGGCUGCACUAUCUAGCCGCGGACCAUUGAACGGUGCCAAGUGCCGUCCGUGCACGGUCGCGUGCAGCGGCUCUUGCGUGGGGGAAGUAAUGGGAAAGCUUAACAAAGAGUGGAGCUGGACGGAGUGGGAGAACGGGACGUUGAAGCUCUGCGACGCACAUGGAGAGUGGGAGGAAGGUUGGGAGAAGAUAUUUGACGGAGUCGCCGGCGAAGAACUCGCACGUGCGAGGAAGCGAGUGGGAAGUUUGGAUGCGAGGAGAUGUGUGGAAGAGUUUGAAGAGAUGAGAGGAAUGGUCGCUAAAUGGGAAGCUCCCGCCUCCGAACAGAUCUGCAUGUUGGGCCUGAAGCCCAAAUAGAACAUAUCGUUUUUGGGUCCAACUUAUUCGCUAACACUUUUCCCAAAUUUUUAGUUGUUUUCACGGAUUAAACCGUUGGAAACUAUGUUCAGAUUAAUUUUGAUGUUUGAAAAUAUAAAAUCAAAUGUUUU